CCCACUCAGCGAAAACUAGAGAAACAAGAAAAAUUUACCAGAAAAACAGAGGAAAGAAAACGGAGAGAAAAAACUGAAACGGAAAGAAAAUGGCGUUGUAUCUGGAUGAAGAAGAGAUAUGGAAAUGUCUAAAACACCCUUCGAAACGAAGGAAGAUCGGAGUUUGUCCAGUAUGCCUCCGUGAACGGCUCGCAACUCUCUGCCCUGACUGCGCUAACGUGCGCCCGUGUUCAUGUUACGCUACAACUUCCUCUUCGUCUUCAUCGGCAUCUUCAUCAUUCUCUCGAUUUUCUAUCACCGGUGACGGUGUCGGUGUGGUUGGUAAAGUUCACAACCUCAUCGACCGUGAGCCUUCGCUACGUAAGUCACGCUCGAUGGCAAUCCCGUUUCUCCGGUCGCGAUCAAGAUUCUCCGGCGGGAUUAAAGAAAUAGAUCAUGAUAACACAAAGGACUCGCCGGUGAUCAACGGAAGCCGUUCGGCGAGGUCGUUUUGGUCAAUGUUUAAGACGAGUAAUCGCAAUAGAGGAAGCGGAAGCGAAUCGGAGCGAGAUUGGGAGGCGAAGAAGACAUUGAUGGUGGAGCGUGACAUCGAUGUGAGUCGAACAGCGGUGAUGGCUAGGUCAAGGUCUGUGGCGGUUGCGUCGUCGGUUUCCGGUGACGGAGAAUUGAAACCGCGGUCGAAGGGAAAGGGAUGGUCGUUUCCGAGUCCGAUGAAGGUUUUCCGGCAACCGAAGGCUUCUAAAGUUGUUCAGGAACGUUCUCCGUUGUAUAGAGGUUGAAAAUUUUGUAGAUUAUCAGUAAUGAAUAUUGAAUACAACAACUUAAUAUUGACCCAAAAAUAUUAAUUUCUUUUUCUUUUUUUUCUCCAUUAUAUUGCUCUUGAUUAUCAUAUCUCCAAUCUCUAUUUUGAUUCUAGUGUUUUAUUUUUAACUGAAAAAUGUUGAAUUUACUGUACAAAUAUAAACAGUAACAAAAACGGUUAUUCAUAUUUGAGUUGUUAUGUUAUCAAUUUUGAUAUUAAUUAUUUUAAUAUUCCAUUAAUAUAGUAAUUAGAGAAAGCACCAACAGUUAAUUAGGGGCAUGAUUAGGCUGUACUGUGCUACUUGGUUUGGUUGUGAAAUGAUAACUGCAAUAUAAUUGGUGCUAAUGAUCGUUUUUUGAUAUGUAUGACCCCACUUAACAUGUGGUUCUAGUCUUAUUAAUCAUAGAGUGAUAACUAUCUAUGUUUCUUUCUUUCGCAUAUUAAGGAGAUUGUUAUGCUUAUGUUGGUCACUCGACCCUACUCUGUUUGGAUUAUCGGUGAAUAUAACACUGAUUUGUUGUUAUUAUGAUGAUUUUACUGUUAAUUCAAAUUGUUAAUGUUGAUUUAUGUAUGAUGUGACGAUAAAGGUUUCUAGGGGAUAGCAAAUUGCUUUGUUUUUUCUGUUAAUUAUUCAUAAUGUGAAAAGACAGGUACGUUAAUGUUUUCAUCAAAAUGGAUGAACUGGUUGGUUGUACUUGUACUUGAGCACAUGAGAAUGUGGAGGAAUAUUGUACUAAUGAUUGAACCCGUGUAUGUUUAUUUCCAGAAUCUGUAUAUCAUAAUUGGUUUAUUGUUUGUAACCAUAUGAGUAAAUUAUGUCUCACUGGAACUGAGGAAAAUUUAUUUGAAUCUU